CAUAUAUAUAUAGUGCGAGUUCUGCCAAAUCCUGAUUUUGAAAUCACCGAGAAAACGAAUACAGAAAGAAAGUGUCAAAGAAAAUCACAGAGAAACAAGAGAAUUCCAAUUCUUCCUUUUCAGCAUUAUUAUCACAGACAUUCAUUUGGAAAUUUGCUGACUUAGCACAAAUGGCAGGCUUAUUUCAUGACCAAAUCUUCAAUGUCCAUGGAAAUGGAGCAGGAACUGUUUCUGGGAAGGCAGAUUUCACAGGGCAGAGGAAAACCAGGGCUGGGGGAAGAAAACCACUUGGUGAUCUAUCCAAUGCAGGGAAACCCAUGAACCAAGUAGAUGGAAAGAAAGCCCUUGAUUGUUUGUUAAACUCUGGGAAAUCCUCUGUUAGCCAGGCAUCAAAACUGCUCAAGUCUAAAAACCCCACUAUCAAUGAUGAAGCUAUUUCUAAGGCAAGAAAUCCUGAGAGUAACAAGAGAACUGUGAGCAAAGCUUCUGAGAAAUCACGAACUGGUAGCAGGAAAGCGCUUUCUGACAUUUCAAACGCUGGGAAGCCACAUCUGCCGGAGGUUAAGCAGAAAAACAGCCGGAAACAAAGUGGGGAAUCUCUAGACCCUAGUGCAAUUGCUGAAGAACAAUGCUUGCACAAUCAUGAGGAAUGUAUCAAAUCACAGUUUCAAACUGUGGAUGUGCUUCAAUUUUUUAAGGAUGAUUUUGAUGAUCAGAUGACAAUUUCCUAUGAACAGCCUGCAAUUAGAAAACUUGAGUCUGAGAGUGAAUACUUGUUGGAUUUGGAGGAGGUGCCUGAGUGGUUACCUGAAGUGCAGACUCUAUCUGCUCAGCAUGGUUCUCCAGUACACUGCAAGAGUCCAAAAUUACCAAGCUGCAGCACAUUGUGGAGUGACUUUGAAGUCAAUUUCAAGUUGAUGGACACACCAAAAUUGUCUAAAAUCUGAUUUCUACUGCAACAAUGUAUAAGUGUUGAUUACCGUAGAUGUUUUGUGCCAAUCCUCUGAUGGCAAUAGAUGUGGUAUUUUUAGAGAUGACCUUAAUGUUUGUUAAGCUGUUAUCUUAGACUGAUGUUGGCAUGGUUUAUUCUGAUUACUGUAGAUAUUUUGUGCCAAUCCUCUGAUGGCAUUAGAUGUGGUGUUUUUUAGAGACCUUAAUGUUUGUUAAGCUGUUAUCUUAGACUGAUGUUGACAUGGUUUAUUCUGAUUUCUGCCCAACAUUUCAAUGAAUGAUCUUAUGCCUUUUUCUUUC